UAUAUGUGCCUGCUCUCACUCUUACCAUUCCCACGUGUUAUAUUUCUAUUUUAUUUUUUAUGAACAUUUGUAUUUUUUCUUGUAACGUUAUAAAGAAUUAAUGAAGGAGAGCUGAGGCGCCACUACCCACAAGUGUUGCAGUUCAUUAUACUAAUUCUUCUGACUAAGGAGUCGUGAUGGUUCCGGGUGUGAGGAAGAAACAUUGGUUGCUGUUAUCUCUCUCCAUCACUGGCGUGCUGGUGCUGCUGAUCUUCACUGUCAACCCUCUCAACAAUACCACCGCUUUUCUGCCUGCAGAGGCUGAGGUGGGAUUUCUUCGUCGACGGAUUGCCAACGACGACAGUGUUGGAGGGACGGGAGCCCGCAUCUCACACCCAGGACUGCAGUCUUCUCUGCACUCCAGCAACCAAUAUCCUCCACCUCAACACUCUACAUCACCAUCACCACAAACACCACCACCACCACGUACGCCUUUUCAUCUGACCAAGGAAAAGAGGGAGGAACUAGCCAGACAAGGUGUCCUGCUUAUUGAGGAUGAGGAGGAUGUAACAACUAAUGAUCCACGACAGCUUCAUGUUGAUGACAAGCAUCAACAAACACAGCAGCAACAGCCACAACAAAAACAAAAACAACCAUCACGACAGUCAAAACCAAAGCAACAAAAAAUAAAGGACAAACAUUUACAAAAUGAUGAGGGUAGCCAGCAUAAACAAUGGCUGCAUCAAAUUGAUAUACAACAUAAAGAAUUCCUCAAACAACAACACAAGCUACAGGAGCAUCAUCUCCGCCAGACACAGCUGCUGCAACAAAAGCUGCAGCAGCAGGAAACUACAGGGCAACAUGUUAGCCCUGACAGGGUUGUCCCCCUACCAGGCGAGGCUCGCAACUCUAGCAAGGCUUUCAUGUCAAAGGUGUCACAGACAAACCAGGAUUCUUCUGCCACGAACAUUGUCUUGAACAAGAAGGCACUUCCUCCACUGCCUCACAUAUCUUAUGACAACCUUAAGAAACAAGGAGAAAAUAUUAUCCGUCACAUUGUUAGAAGAGAAUACAUGACUGUUAAAAAAGAUAUCAACUUCAUUCCCGGGGAAAUGGUUGAACCUUCCCAGGUGCGAAGAGCAAUUAUCUUGUCCACUUGGCGGAGUGGCUCAUCCUAUCUAGGUGACCUGAUUAAGGCCUACCCAGGAACGUUCUUUAGUUUUGAGCCACUUCAUCGUCUUCUAAAAAAUCUUCACUUAGAGGAAGGCCCUUUGGUUGAAGAAGUGGUAAGACUUCUCAGAGCCAUCUUGACUUGUGACUACAGUCAACUAGAUGCCCAUGUAAAUUAUCUGCGCGAAGCUACCUACCUCCAGGAGCGCAAUACUCGACUGUGGAACUCCUGUGCGUUGAAUAGAGCUCUAUGCUUCGACAAAGAUUAUAUAUCAAAAGUUUGCAGAUAUAUGCCACUUAAUGUGGUAAAGACAGUGCGGAUGGGUCUUUCACCAGUGGUAGAGCUACUGCAAGACCCAAGCUUAAACCUUUAUGUGGUUCAUCUGGUGCGAGACCCCCGUGGCUGCCUCCACUCUCGCAUGCAGAUUGACUGGUGUCUCUCUGACGCUUGUAGCAAUCCUGAAACUGUCUGCAAAGAUCUUUUAACAGACCUCACACUCUCCAAGUGGGUCAAGGAAAACUUUCCUGACAGAUACUUAAUGGUGCGUUAUGAAGACCUGGGUCUGAGACCGGAAGUGAAGGCGCGGGAGAUCUUCAAUUUCCUGGGUGUCUCAUACAACAAGUAUGUGUCAGUGUUCAUCAGAGAACACACUAGUGGUCCCAAACUUAGGUAUGAUAAUGCCUACAGCACCUUCCGUAACUCUAAAGCCACCAUAUUUGCCUGGCGUCGAGCACUCAACUACACUACAGUGGAAGCUAUACAAGAAGUGUGUGAACAGCCUUUACAACGACUUCACUUGAGAAUAUUUCGCACUGAAGAAGAAUAUCUCAACACUACUAUCCCAGUGUUGCUGACGUAAUACACUUGAGAAUAUUCCACAAUGAGGAGGAAUGUCUUAAACACUACGUAUUAUGCUAGUGCUAUUAACUACUAUUCCUGGGGGAGCGCUAAAGUCGUAGGGGUCAUACAGUGCCUGGGGAGAAACGAGAGGUAAUCUAGUUCAAUUCAAGGAAGGGGAAGAUAGUUCCAUUUCCUUGGAUCAAAAGCCUGUAUCAAGACACCUUGAAGGGAAGAGUAUCAAGUGGAGAUUUAUUUGUUGGCACCAUCAUUCAAAUUCGUUUUGUUUUUAAUUCUGCAAUACAUAUAUAUAUAUAACUCAUGGAGGUGCAGGCAGCUUGACUUUUGUGGUUGUAGCUCCCUCGUUCUGACGCUUGCAUGUGUGAACAUUAUUAAAAUUAUUAUUACAAUUAUUACACAAAUAACCCGCACAUAAAAGAGAGAAGCUUACGACGACGUU